AUGUCGGCCAAUCAAAGCGAUUUUGAAGACCAAGUCUCAAUGACUGUUGAUGAUGACGAAAUUUCGGGUUAUGAGUCCGAUUGCGGCGAUUCCAAUUCCGCUGUUUCGGAUCGGUUUGAUGUUUUCACUCGGAACGGGAUGAUCCGGUUGGAGGAAGAGAAUUCGGCUCAUGACAUCAUCAAGACGUGCUUUCUUUCGGGCAUGGGUUUCGCUGGAGGAGACACCAAUCUUGUGGCCAUACACAAGAACGUGAGCUCUGAUUUGACAAGACAAGCGAGGUUUGAGUCGUUCAAGAUUUUCUCUCAGGCGGUGGCUCAGAAAUGUGGUGGGGAUGCCAAAGUUAAGUAUGCUUGGUAUGGUGGAUCAAAAGAUGAGCUUUGUGAGAUUUUGGUUCAUGGAUUCAGUCGGUGCAGAGAGCCUGCCCCAAAUGAGCAAUCUUAUGGCGUUGGCGUUCAUCUGUUUAGUCCUGUCUUUGCUUAUGAUGGUGCAUUGUCGUCAGCUGUUGAUGAAGGAGGGCUAAGGCACAUGCUACUGUGCCGUGUGAUAUUGGGGAAGAUGGAAACGGUGGCUCCAGGCUCGAAGCAAUCUCAUCCCAGUUCCAAGGAGAUGGACACUGGCGUGGACAAUCUUCAGUUUCCUAGAAGAUAUGUUGUGUGGAGUGCUUUCAUGAACUCUCACAUUUUUCCUGUUUAUGUGGUCAGCUUCAAGGCUCCUAGCCCAAAUGUUGUCUCAGGCAUUCAACCAGGUAUUCAACCAAGGCAGGCGAAUACUUCAAAACCCACAUCACCAUGGGUGACUUUCCCUGCUCUGAUGUUCACGCUUGCGAAGUUCUUGCCUCCUCCUAAAAUGCUAUUGAUUGUCAAAUCUCACAACGAAUUCAGAGCAAAGAGGAUUACGCGUCCACAGCUGAUACGGAAAGUGAGGCAGAUAGUUGGUGACAAUUUGUUGAUCCAAGUGAUUAAAGGUUUCAGAAGCAAGAGCCUCCAUCCGGCCAGUGCCAAGAGAACUGUGUAG